AUGAAGUUACGCAACCUCAUCAAACUGCGGAACCAAAAACCAAGGGAUUAUGAAGGCGGUAGCACGGAUGACAAUGUCAUUAUUGAAGAAGAAGAAGAAGAAGGCGGAAGCGCUCAAGUAGUAGUAGCUCCUCCUCCUCCUCCUCCUGCAGUCUUUGUGUACAAGGGAAAUAAGCGACGGAAUCGUCACCACAAAAAGGCAAUACCCAAUGGCAUUACCCAUGCGACGAUUCAUCCAUCCGUCCGUCAAAUACACGACUUUUUGUUUCAAAAUUGUCAAUGUUUGGUUUCGGUGAGCAUUCCAAAGACUGUCAAACACAUUCAUCAGUUUGCUUUUAAAGGAUGCACAGCUUUGGUGAAUGUGGAAUUGUACGAUGGCUUGGUGACGAUUGAACGUGGAGCCUUUGAAGGCUGCAAGUCAUUGGUGGGUAGUACUACUACUACUACUACUAGUACUACUAGUACUACUACUACUACUAGUAAUACAAUUAUGGAUGGUGAUUCGAAUACCACCACCACCACCACCACCACCAUGACGUUAUUGAAACUACCAAAUACACUGGAAAGCAUUGGUUGGUUUGCCUUUUCGGGUUGUACCUCGUUGGUCAAUGUGCAUUUUUCACAACACGACCAUAACAAAAAGACAAUGACUCUCGAGCGUGGUGCCUUUUUGAGCUGCGAGUCUUUGACCAAAGUCAACCUCCCCAUGGGUUUGCGAGCGAUUGGUGUGGAAGCCUUUUGUUGGUGCGAAUCGUUGAAAACAGUGUCGGUGCCAUCGACUGUGGAACUCAUUGGAUGCGAGGCAUUUGCAGGAUGCAAGUCUUUGAUGGACGUUCAUCUGCAAGAAGGACUCAAGACCGUUGGAGAACGGGCGUUUGGAUGGUGCAGCUCGUUGGUCAAUAUCGGCCUUCCAAAGACUGUGGAAACGAUUGAAUUUUUUGCCUUUGGCUACUGCACUUCCUUGGCCAAUGUGCAGCUUCAAGAGGGUCUCAAUUCGAUUGGCCAAUGCGCCUUUACCAAUUGUACGGCACUAUUUGCCAUUGCCUUGCCACUCAGCCUCGACGAGUUAUGUCUAAAGGCAUUCUCAGACUGUACCAAUCUCCGAACGGUAGAGUUUCCCAAACGCACUAGCCUGAAAAUUGGCAAUAAUUGUUUUUAUGGCUGCAAGUCCUUGGUCAAUGUAUCACUCCCACCUUCUACCAACAUUUUAACUACCAUUUUUGCUGGCUGUGCUCUGCUUAAGGGCGACCAUGCAUCGUGCUUGUUGCAAGAAAGAUUUACCAGUCUCCCAAUCCACGACGCAUGCUAUCACGCCUCUACUGCUACUGUAUCCAGUGUGCUUCAAGCACUUGACUCUGUCGACGACGACGUCCUCGAAAAUCUUCAAGAUGCCUUUCAAAUGACACCCUUUCAUAUUUUGGCGACCGGUUGCCAUCCAAGUGUCCAAAUAUUGAAUAGUCUCUUGCAACGGUAUCCAGUCGAUACUCUGGAACUCAAGGACAGCUUUGAAAUGACCAUGAUGGAUUAUCUAUUGUUAAAUACAUCCAGUCAAGCUGUUCCAUUGAUCCAGACAGUACUGGAACGUGCCAUUGUCGAUCGGAUGUGCAAUCGUCUCCCAUCAUGUAGUACGACUAAUACUAGUACUACUAGUACUACUGAAAGCAGCAGCAACAAUGAUAAGUGGAGGUCCAAGUUGCAAAUGUGCCUUGAAGCGCUGCAUCAUCAUGACAGUAGUGUGGAUAGUCGACGCAACCAUGUCAAUACAUGCUUUUUUGGGACUGUAGGAUACUGUUUGCGCUUGGAAAUGACUUCCACGAUCGAGUUGGCGCUCUGGAAGAUGCGAACAACAACAAGAGAAAAGAAGAAUCAAUCCGAGGAGGCCAACUCUGACAGGUUUCGAGAAGAUUGUCGGUUUCAAUGUGGAUCGGAAGUAGUGAUGGAACAGGUGAUUGGAUAUUUGUGGCAUGGCGAAUCGAGAUCUGAUACGGCCUUGUCAACGUUUCGAAUAUGA